AUGACAGAGUGGUGUCGACCUGGACAAGCCAAUGUUGGUAGGAGGUGGAAAGAGAGGGACGGGCGCCAUGCUACGAUUCGGAUGUUCACAGGUCAGCAUGUCGAUGAUCACCGAGAGCAGAAGCUAACUUUCCAGGUUGUCAUCGAGCGACUUGACCCGCUUGUGAACCCGGGCUUGUUCCCUUCAACUCACAUGCAUCAAGUCGUGGGCGGCAACGCAUUCGCGGCGUCUAUGCCUUCCGCUGAUAUCUCCAAGCUUGCUACAUGCAAUACAUGUCACUUUCUGGAAGACUUCAGCAACUACUGGACCGCGAACAUAUAUUUCAAAGCCCGCAAUGGAACUUACAAGCGCGUACCACAAAUCGCGAACCAGUUCAACGAAGGCGACAACGCAGGCAUCACAUUAUACUACACUUCGCCGGACGCAAACGCAACGACUGCUUUCAGACCCGGCUUUCGCAUGCUUACCGGUGAUGCUAUGAGACGCACAUCAGAAGGAUUCGGAAAGAACAUGCAGCAAUGCUACCGCUGCUACACAGAGUCGAACUGGGGUGGCAGUCCAUACCCACCAUGUAUGGACCCGAAGUACGACACAGACCAUUUUCCCACACAACCAUGCGCGGGUGGCAUUCGAUCGAACAUCAUCUUCCCUCAAUGCUGGGACGGGAAAAACCUAGACUCGCCGGAUCAUCGCGCGCACGUCGCACACCCUGUCAAUGGACCAGCCGCAUUUCCAGUGGUGAAUGUUACGUGUCCCGCCAGCCACCCUGUGCACGUCCCGCAGUUGAUGUAUGAGGUCAUGUGGGAUACUUCCGCUUUCAACAAUAAGGAGGACUGGCCAGCAGAUGGCACUCAGCCACUCGUGCUCUCUACUGGGGACGAAACUGGAUACGGUCAGCACGGAGAUUAUGUAUUUGGCUGGAAGGACGACUCGCUACAGCGCGCUAUGGAUAGCGGAUGUUAUCUCCGCAAUUGCUCGUUGCUGACAGAGCAGCCACCUAAGAUCAAGAACUUGUGCAAUGUUCCGGUAACUGUGGACGAAAAUAUAGAUGGGUGGAUGGAAGAGCUACCUGGAGGUGGGAUGGGUAACUAA